UAAUGAGUCAGAGUUGUCGACACUUGGAAGGAAUUCGCUUGACCAUUACGCCAUGCGAGAAGAUGCAUUAAUUAGCCCCAAAUGUGACCUGAGAACAAAUAAUGACAGGUUGCGCCCCGACAAAACAUCCUCCUGUCAUUCUCCGAAUGCCAAACUGACCAUGAAAAUCACGAAAACCGUUUCACAGUCAGAUUCAGAGUCAAAUUCCCAUUCAGGCAGCCUGGGGCUCGCACCCAAGGUGUUGCAGGUGAAGUGACAAAACGAUGCCCCAGCCAAAUGCCAACACCUCAACCACAAAUACCAGAGUUUGGAAACACGUAGAGCAGCGAGAAUCUCCCCCAAACCCCGCUGCCAACAAGCUCCACAUCGCGCUUCAGUGCGUCUCUCUGUGAGUUUUUCGGUCUCGGAUUCGGUUCUAGCAAAACGCGCUCCAACGAAUUUGGCGGCUGUUUCAGAUAAAUACCCGUGCCCCAGACCUGAGCAGCACAUUCGUGAUUUCAAUUCUGUUGCCAGCGACACGUCAAGCGCUAUUUCAUCUACUCAUAAAAAGCGCGCCGAAGGAUUUGUGAACCCAACUCUAUAUAGCUAAUACAGUUCAAAGGUGGCACAGCACGUGCCCAAAAAAUACAUACGGAAGUGAUUUAUACACCUUGUGAGCCCAAAAGCAAAAUGCGUCUAUUGCAAUUGCUGCUCUGCCUGGCCGUUGUUUCGGUCCAGGCCGCUUUGCGAGGACCCGAGCCACGCAGUGUCACGCCCACGGACAACGACAAGCAGCUGACAGCCGGCCCGCCCGCUGCUCCACUGGGCAAGAGUCGUCAGUCGCGCUGCGUGCGCUGCUACGAGGAUCGGUACUAUGGCGGCGGCAGCGAUCGCUAUGGCGGCAGCGAUCGUGCCGGCUAUGGCGGCUACUCGAGUCGCGCCGGCGAUGAUCCGCGCAGCUCCUGGUACUACUCCUACGAUCGCUACGAGGAUCGCGGUGGCAGCGGCAGGGAUCGUGACUCUGACAGAUACUACAGUCGCGACGAUCGCUACUCGCCCCGCACCUAUGAUCGCUACGAGGGGCGUGGCUAUGAUGAUUACUACAGAAGGGGCUCCUCCUCCUCGGGCUACGAUCGGGGCUCCGGGUACGAUCGCGGCUACGCUGGCUACGACAGCAGGGAUCGCUACUACGGCGAUCGUUACAGUGACAGUUCGCGUGAUCGCUACUAUGAUCGUUCACGUUCCAGCUACGACAGAUACGAUCCGUACGAUCGCUACUAUUCAAGGUAUGAUUUUCGCAACUAUCGUCCAUGGGAUGAGACCUACAGAGGUCAGUCGGGCUUCGACAAUUCGGGGCGCGGCUAUUAUUUUGCCGGGGAUGACGACGACCGUCGCUCCGGUGCGCAGCCGUACUAUGAUCGCGAACGCGCCUCGUCGCUUGCCCCCGCCUCGCCCUGCGGCCACCUAGUCAGCAACUGCCCCCACGGCGAUCGCGGCACAAAAGUCUCCUCCUCGGCCAUUGACAGCGACGGAUAUCGCGGCGGCCACACUAGCGUCAUGGGCAAGCCCAUUGGCCAGGGCAGCUGGACAUAUCUGGGCGACCAAGACAAUCAGAGCUCACGGGGCGGCAGCAGCGGCGGCAGCAGCAGCAGUGGCGGUGGCAGCAGCUCGUCGUCUGCUGCUGCCAGUGGCAGCUCAGGUGGUGGCGGUGGCAGCGGUGGCGGAGUUGGUCGGGACAGAGAGCGCGAUUCACAGAGCUCUUCCUAUGGUGGCCGACCACGCCCUCUAGGCGGCAGUUAUCUGUUUGACCGGGACAGCAAUGCGGUUCCAGAGAGUCCAAGCGAUGCCGCUAACUCAAUAGGUGAUGGUAGUGGUAAUGGGAGCGCCAACAUGCCAGCAGCUGCGGCCCAAACGGCGCCCAAGCCCGACGAGUCCCGGGCCAACGAUGAGGGCCAGGACAAGAAGGCAGCGCAGUGACAGGGACAGCAGCCGCAGCAGCCGCCUUGUGGGCGUGGCUUAACAUAAUCUCUACUAUUUAUGUGUUUAAUUUCUAAGCUAAAAUUAUGAAUAUUUAUGUCCACGCAUUUUGCUCAAUAAACAGCUCAAAAGAUUCUCAGAAAUUACAUAA